AUGAGCGAUAACAGCCAGGACGAAGAGGUGCUGAGACAGAUUGAGAGGGAGGUGCGGAUGCGGGAGGGGGCCAGUAAACUACUGGCAGCUUGUUCCAGGAGAGAGCAGGCCCUGGAGGCCUCCAAGAGCCUGCUAAGCUGCAAUGCCCGCAUCCUGGCCCUGCUCAGCCAGCUACAGAAGAUGAGGAAAGAUGAAAUCCUGCAGAGAGUGGGACGCAGGCCAUCUGAAGAUAUUGUGCCGUGUUCAGGAAAAGUAUCCCUUUCAGACCUGCGGAUCCCACUCAUGUGGAAAGACUCCGAGUACUUCAAACACAAAGGAGAGCUGCAUCGCUGUGCUGUUUUCUGCCUGCUUCAGUGUGGCACAGAGAUCCAUGACACCGAUCUGGUGAUGGUAGACAGGACUUUGACUGACAUCUGUUUUGAAGACACUGUCAUAUUCAAUGAGGUGGGUCCAGAGUUUCAGCUUCGUGUUGAGCUCUACAGCAGUUGUGUGGUGGAGGAUUUCUCCCCGGGGGCUCUAGGACCCAGGAGAGCCAGCCGUCUGGGGGGCUCAGUGGGAUGCUCCUCCGGGAAAAAGAUCCGUGCUGCGUUUGAGUCUGCAGCUGUUUGUGGAUCAAGUGGAGCAAAUGUAGGAGCUGGAAGUGUUUCGCCGCCUUUAUCCCCUGUCCUGUCUGCACUGGGACCAAAGUACAACCUGCUUGCUCACACAACACUGAGAAUCGAACACGUCCGAGAAGGUUUCAAGACGCAUGAUUUGUUAAUGGCAGCAACAGAGGAUAAUCCAUUCUGGUUGCCUCUGUAUGGAAAUAUGUGCUGCCGCCUAGUCGCUCAGCCUCUGUGCAUGGCUCAGCCAAUCAUAAGUGGCGAAUUCAAGGUUAAGCUCGGAGAAGACCUUAAUUGCUGGGAAAAUGUCCACGGCAUUCUGAGAGGGCAAAGUCUUCUCUGCUAUCUGAGUCAAGAAGACCUGGAGGCUGAGGACAGGCCAUUACUUGUAAUCCCCAUUAAAAAGGAUACCCUGGUCUGUGUGUCAGAGAGAGAUCCUGUCCAGAGUAUAUACAUCAGCAUGCAGCACCAAGGAGAGGAUGUUACCUUCACGCUGACCACGCACACACCUGACGACAAGCAGCGCUGGACUGAGGCCCUCUGGCGUCACGUCUAUAACAUGAGCCAGUGGAAGCAGUGCUGCGAUCACCUCAUGAAGAUUGAGAUGCCGAGCUCCAGGAAGACCGUUCCAGUGAAGCAGGGAUCGCUUUACCAUGAAAUAGUCACACCCUCCUGUCCUGGAGAGGGUCUCGUUGUUCCGGAUUUAUCCGUUGAGAUCCGCGCUUUGCUGUCUUCCUACUACAAGGAAAGUUAUUGAUGACCCUGCCACUGUUGCACUGGAGGAGUGAGAAACUGCUCUUAUUUUAUUCGUUUGUGGUUACCACGCCUGGUCAAGGAAACAGACAAGGACAUGAUAAAUGGUGCUAUUUUAAAAUCUGCAGAGGACAUAUCCAAACUCACUGGUAAUAUCAGCUAUUUUUCAUUCUUCUACCUCUUCUCUCUGAAUCUUAACUGUUUACCCAACCAGCUAUAGAAGUCAGUGGAAACUGACUGUAUGGCUAUUUUAAAUGCAGAAAAUGCACUAUUGUUUAGCCAUAUUGUUCAUGUUGUGAAUGCAAAGAAAGACCAGUACA